AUGACAAAGGCAGGAAAUGGGGUCGCCUCGACGUCCGUGGCUAUGGUGAAUCCCAGUUACAGUUACGAAACCGGAGAAAGCAGCGCAGCGUACGACUUUGUUAGUCAACGCAGCGAUGACGGAUACGGAGACUUCUCGGAUUCACUACGGCGACGUCCACAGGCUAUCGAAUCGAUGAAGACAUUGGCUCGAAUAAGCGACAAACGAUUGCAUGAAGUCGCGGCUGCGGCUGCGUCAAGUGUAAACUGGGGCAAACUCAAUCUGGAAUUGGCAGCGGCGGGUCUUUGUGACAGACAUGGAAGCACACGAUGGGGACCAAAGGGGUUCGCUGUUCUAGCAGAGGAAUUUUUGUCCUGUACAGUGCAGGAGCUGCGACUUGUGUUUUGCGUCGCCUCCACCGACACCUUCCGUGAUAUGAUGAGCUGCGUGUAUCGCCGUGAGUUUGUCGAGGCUGAACUCUUGCGCACGAUCAAAAUUCAACGCGGAGCGGGAAACCCAGCAAAAGCUUUUGAGAACGGACAGCUUUCCGUCAAAACUGUGACGUUCGAAAGUGGCAAUAUCUUUACCAAGAAUACAUCGUGGUGCUACUUGGAGUUACUGAAUCCCCGAGACAGAACCAAGGAAGAGCAGUCCAGGAGGACAGCGUCGUCGACAGCAAGUGCAGUUAAUGCUACUACUCCACCAGCUUUUACAACAACCCUUGCGUCCAUUGCGCGCUCUAGUGUAGUCUUGGAUAAUACACAGACACUGCCGUCGCGAUCACAGCCGAACGUUGUCAUCAACUACAUGUUCGAACAAGAUCCUACCGGUCGCUUCACUCGCGUCCUUUUCCACGGCGAAUACUUGCCGCCUGAUACUCACGAAGCUUUCAAUCGUGCUGGUCACGAACGACGCAUAGCGCGUAGAUGGAUGCUUCGACAUGCUGCAAGUUGUCAUCAGUUCCUUUCGGUCGUCCGUCGUCGCCGUCUUGGGAUGCAGGUAACUAUUAGCAGUACGCAAUUCCCACUUGAGUCCAUGGCCAAUGUAACUUCUUGUGCUUGCUGCCGUCGCUCGUUUUCGGCAUUUUUCCAGCGCACAAGAAAGAGAUUAUGCUGUCUAUGUGGUUUCCUUGUUUGUGAUAAAUGUGCCCACGUUCAAGAACGCGAACACCGCGCACGGGGUGACGACCGUCCACAAAUUGAGCAAGUGCGAUUAUGUGAACGAUGCCUCAUUCGGGUCAGCCAAGCGCGAUACACAGAAGUCACGGAAGAGGAUUUGCGUCCAGUACGAGUGAUUUCCGACGCGCAGUCUCGCACUCCGGAAGGCAGUCUUUGCGAUGUUAAUACGAGACGUACCGGGUCUACAUUCAAGAUGCGUCCAGCGUCGCUCAAUGGACUGCUUCUGGAAACCUUGGCGGAUGCAACCGCAGGCGGACCCACUCAACGGAGACAGAAAGCUAGUGUGUUGAGUGUUAUGAAGGAUAUCGUCAAUGAGGAACGCGUUCGGAGACGAUCUGCCAGAAUUCGCAGUUCGUCUGCAGGCGUAACUAGCAGCGGUUUGCCUCUGCUCGGAGAGCACAACGAAGCAUUUGAAGACGCCGAUGAAUAUGCAGACGACGAACCGAUCGAUGAUCGGCUUCAGCUGACUUGGGAUGAGACUUCGUGUUGGGAAGACGAUUAUCCGUUAGCUAACGCAGACUCGAGAAGCUAUCAGAUCAAAUUUCCAGACAACGUGAUGGAAGCUAUUAUUCCACCGAUCCCGGCCAAUGAGCACCAACGAUUACAACUUAUUCAUGAACAGCAACUGAACAAGUUGGGUGACGUGCCUGAGUUGAGUAUCAUUUGCUCUCUGGCGUCGAGGGAACUUAAUUGCGCCGUCAGUAUGAUCACCGUCGUUGACAAAACACAACUGCAUGUGCUAGCAUCUACUCAUCCGAUGGUGCUCAGCGGCCAGUCAUAUCCGAGAGAGCAGGGCUUCUGCGCUCAAACCAUCUUGGACCUGAAUCCGCUCGUAUGUCACCAUGUACAGGCUGAUGUACGCUUUAACGCCAUGUCGUUUGUCCGCGAGAUAGGAAUCAAUUUUUACUGCGGUUUUCCACUAGUUUGGUCUGACGGCAAAACCAUCAUUGGUUCCCUGUGCUGUGCUGACCCACAAGCUCGCGACCUGACGCGGUCACAGUAUGUUGCCAUGAGCAGCCUGGCUAGUACGACUUCGCGUGUUAUCCAGCGUACUGCAGAGCAACAAGCAGUACGUGAAAACUCCAUUGAAGCUUAA